UGCGUCGGAAGUGUGAGCCAUCGGUUUCCGAUCCCUGUCAUGGCGGCUGCUGUUCGGGCGCGUUGGAACCAUGUGUGGGUCGGCACCGAGACUGGCAUCCUGAAAGGAGUCAACCUGCAGCGAAAACAAGCGGUCAACUUCACAGCGGCGGGACAGCCUCGGCGUGAGGAGGCCGUGAGCGCCCUGUGUUGGGGUGCAGGUGGCGAGACCCAGAUUCUGGUGGGCUGCGCAGACAAGACGGUGAAACACUUCAGCACAGAAGAGGGCAUAUUCCUGGGUCAGAGGCACUGCCCCGGCGGAGAGGGCACGUUCCGGGGCCUCGCCCAGACCGACAGCACCCUAAUCACAUGUGUGGAUUCUGGGAUUCUCAGAGUCUGGCAUAACAGUGACAAGGAGGCAUCCUCUGACCCACUCUUGGAACUAAGGGUGGGUCCUGGAGUGUGUAGGAUGCGCCAAGACCCAGCACACCCCCAUGUGGUUGCCACAGGUGGGAAGGAGAAUGCCUUGAAGCUGUGGGACCUGCAGGGGUCUGAGGAACCUAUGUUCAGAGCCAAGAAUGUACGGAAUGACUGGCUGGACCUGAGGGUGCCCAUCUGGGACCAAGACAUACAAUUCCUCCCUGGGUCACAGAAGCUUGUCACCUGCACAGGGUACCACCAGAUCCGGGUCUAUGAUCCAGCCUCCCCCCAGCGCCGGCCAGUUCUAGAGACCAACUAUGGAGACUACCCACUGACAGCCAUGACCCUCACUCCUGGGGCCAAUUCAGUAAUUGUGGGGAACACCCAUGGGCAGCUGGCAGAAAUUGACUUUCGGCAAGGCCGCUUGCUGGGCUGUCUGAAGGGAUUGGCAGGCAGUGUCCGUGGGUUACAGUGCCACCCUUCAAAGCCCUUAUUAGCCUCUUGUGGCUUGGACAGAGUCUUGAGGGUACACAGUAUCCAGAAUCCACGGGGUCUGGAGCAUAAGGUUUAUCUCAAGUCUCGGCUGAACUGCCUUCUCCUAUCAGGCAGGGAUAACUGGGAGGAUGAACCCCAAGAGCCUCAAGAGCCUAACAAAGUAUCCCCAGAAGACACAGAGACAGAUGAACUUUGGGCAUCUUUAGAGGCAGCUGCCAAGCGGAAGCUUCCUGAUUUGAAGCAUACCCAAGGGGCCCUCCAAACCAGGAGAAAAAAGAAGCGUCCUGGAUCCACUAGCCCCUGAAGCUCCUAUGCCCACUUUCUAAAUAAAUAGCUGAACAUCCA